AUGAUCGACACGCACGCCCACCUGACCAGCCCGGCCUUCAUCUCCGACCUCCCCAUCGUCCUCACGCGUGCCCGCACCACCGGCAUAAGCUCUAUCAUCUGCGUCUCAGAGACCCUCUCCGACGCGCACGCCGUCCUCAACCUAACCGCGGCGCACCCGGGCUUCCUCCACCCGGCCCUGGGCCUGCACCCCGAGCACGUGACCACGCUCGCCCCUGCGCAGCUCUCCGCGGCCCUGUCCGGCAUCACCUCUCUCCUCCAAACCACGCCAGCGGUCGCCAUCGGCGAAGUCGGCCUGGACUACACGCCGCGCGUGCUCUCCCUGGCCGCCUCUGCCGCAGACGCCAAGCGCCUGCAAGCGGACGCCUUUGCUCACUUCCUCUCCAUGUCGCAGCAACUCGCGCUCCCGCUCUCCGUACACAGCCGUGCGGCCGGGCACCACGCGCUGGCUCACGUCGUCGAGGCCGCGCGCCGCGCACCCGUCGCAGUGUGCAUGCACGCCUUCGACGGCCGCGCCGUGCACGCCGAGCGCGCCCUCCGGAGCGUCCCAGAGGGCCUCUACUUCUCCGUCCCGCCGUCCGUCGUCAGGGACGACCAGCUGCGAAAGCUCGUCCGCCGCGUCCCUACCGAGAGGCUGCUGCUAGAGAGCGAUGCCCCAGCACUCGCACCGAGCCGGGGGGAGCGCAAUGAGCCGGCUAAUCUUGUCAGGGCGGCCGAGAUUAUCGCGGAGGUCAAGGGCGUCGACGUUGCUGCCGUACGCCAAACGCUUGCGGAGAACACGGAGCGUCUAUUUACAAAGGUGACACCAACAUUCAUAACGUAA